GUUCAAGGUGGUUAUCGAUCUAUGACUUACAGCCAUCAGAUUGAUCCAAUGAAGGAACUCUGUCCCUGGGAAUGGGGUCCAGGCGUAUGCAACGACAACAAAUGUGUCUAUCAGCACUAUCGCGACAUGGAGCUAAGUGCUGAUAUGGUCCUUGUACAACUCGGAACUGCAAAUCCCGGAAACACAGAAGCAGAGAAACAGCAGUUCAAGGAGGGUUUGAAGUCAAUUAUCAAAGAUCUGCGACUGCACCAUACCAAUGACCCUGAAAUCAUCGCGACGAGGUUCUCGGAAUACCGCCGCAAGUUCCUAAACGACGACACAAGAGUACUCAACCUCUGA